AUGAUAGAAUAUGUUUGUGCCAACUCACUUAUUUAUAAUUGGGUUGUCAGUUGUUUGCGUUUGCCCCUGGAGGAUGCAUGGCGAGGGUUCUUCCACGGCCAUGAAAAAGGUGUGAAAGGAUUGAAAACAAACACUAGUUUGCCUUUCGACCACCUUCCCUUAGCUGAUGCUGGCUACACUAUGCAGAAUGCACGGGAACAUUUCCACGUUGUGUUGGCAGCAUCCCAACAGCAAGAGUGGCCGGAUGCUUUGCGUCACAUCACAGAACCAUUGAUUUCGAUCCUGGAAAAGUUAUGCCGGCAGCUCUUGAGGGCUCUACCUCAAGGUGAUUCUAUGGAAACUGUAUGGUUGGCAGAGGCUGAACGUACAGGCGAUGUCUCCGUUUUUGAUAUUUUCAACUAUUUUCCAGGAAGUGCACUAGCUAUGGCUGCACAUACAGACCCUGGCCUUUUCACAGCCAAAUUCAUGAGCAAAACGCCUGGCUUGGAGCUUUUGGAUGGAAAUGGGGAUUGGCUGGCCAUUGAAGAGCUCGGGUCUUCUGCAGAGGUUGUUGUUUUUGCGGCAGAUGUUUUAGAACGUUGGACUCAGGGCGCCGUUCCAAGCUGCCGCCAUCGUGUCCGCGCGCCAUCUCAAGCAAGACUGUCCUUGGUCUAUGAGAUGAGGGUCUUGCAGGAAGGUCUUUCUUUGGACGAUCUGAGAUUUGUCGAAAAGCGGAAGCAGCUCCUGAAAAGCACAAGGAUCUCUUGA